UUCAAGUGAUGAAAGAGAUCAAGGUUGUUAAGGAGGAGGAUUUGUCGGAUCUUGACCUUAGUUGAUAUCGAAUAUAUAUUUUCUAUUUAAAAACGUACUCAUGCCCCAUUGUCCCUCUCGGUUUUCAAUCUAACAUCUAAACGUAACGGUUUGUGUGAUAUUCAGCCUUCACGUUCCGGAAGUAGCGGAAUUUGGGAGAUUGCCGUGAAACUGUUAAGUCAAGUAUGAUAUGCCUAAGCAAGUAAAUACAGGAAGUAAGACAACAGCACCUUACAAAUUAAAGCCUUUAAACUUGUCUUAGCCCCUCAGUGUCGUGUUCCUCAAAAUAUAACUUUUAUUUUGAAAGUUAAAAGCGGAAAUGCAAUACAUAUCCAUUUCUUGUGGAACGAGCACCAGUCAAACGUGUGGUGUGUCACUGUCGGUAAAACACGGGGAUACAAACAAACCCACACGCCGUAAACGGCGGAGCUUAAUCCGGGAGACAAGGCGGCGACGCGACGCCGGUGCACGCUGCGCUGUCCCCCGGCCGCUCGGUCCUCCCGCCGCCCGCAGAGAUGGAUGUCCGACCCGGGGUGUAGACUCCUGCCGCGGGACUGAAGACGAUGGGCCCAGUGUCCCCGUGCUUCAGGAGAUGUCUCUGGGUCGGCUCCUGCGACGCGCCUCCUCCAAGGCCUCCGACCUCCUGACCUUUAACCCCGGGGCGGCGGGCUCGUCGCUGCGCUCGGGCUUGGACGGCGAAAUCAUCUUCUCCAAGAACAACGUGUGCGUGCACCCCGCGGAGCCCCUGCCCGGCCUGGCAGAGCACCACCCAGGCUACCUCUGCGUCCACACGGAGAAGGAUGAGAGCGUAGGCACCACCCUGAUCCUCACCUGGGUGCCCAACUCCCGCAUCCAAAAGCAGGACGAGGAGGCGCUGCGCUUCAUCACACCGGAGAGCUCCCCGGUUCGCAGGAAUGCGCGGCGCCGAGGCCGACGGCCCCACUGCAGUCACCCGGCGGCCCAGGAGGAAGACGAGGACGAGGAGCGGAACAUCACCAGCAGCGCGUCCGCGGCGGCAGCAGCGGAUCCCUCCUCCCACCAGCAGCAGCAGCAGCAGCUGCCGGCGGGGGGGGGAGAGGAGGGCGACGAGCUGUCGGACGAGGUGAGUCGGGACAGCACCAUGGGUUCGGACUCGGACACGUUCUCCUCGCCGUUCUGCCUGUCCCCGGUCAGCGAGGCCCUCUGCGAAAGCAGCGGCUCCGUCUUCCUGGACAGCGAAUGCAGGGAGCUGUGUGAGGAGUCAAUGACUCACUCCGUGAGCUCCGCCUCCAGCCUGGACAGCCACGCCCCCUCCGAGAGUGGCAGCCAGUGGCACGGCGCGCGUUGGGAGGAGCAGCAGAAGGUGCUGGUCCUGGAACAGUUGUGCGGCGUCUUCAGGGUGGACCUGGGUCACAUGCGGUCGCUGAGACUCUUCUUCUGCGAUGAGGCGUGUACCAGCGGCCAGCUGGUGAUCGCCAGCCGAGAGAGCCAAUACAAGAUUCUCCACUUCCACCACGCUGGCCUGGACAAGCUGGCUGAGGUCUUCCAGCAGUGGAAGUGCUGCAGGGAAACUCAGCUUAAAGACCAGGUAUCGGAUGAGAAGUCCUGCAUGCAGUUUUCCAUCCAGAGGCCCACCCUGCCGUCGGCUGAGACCCACCCGGAGGAGAAGCUGUAUCGGCGGCUGGACGUCACCUCCUGGCUGCGUCACCUCAACCCCAACGGGCAGGUGGAGGAGGAGUACAAGCUCCGCAAGGCCAUCUUCUUCGGCGGCAUUGACCCGUCCAUCCGCGGCGAGGUGUGGCCCUUCCUGCUGCACUACUACACCUAUGACUCCACCUCGCUGCAGAGGGAGGCCUGGAGGCUGCAAAAACGCUCCCUCUACCAUGACAUCCAACAGAAGAGAUUGUCCAUGAGCCCAGAGGAGCACAGUGAGUUCUGGAGAAAGGUCCAGUUCACUGUGGAUAAAGACGUGGUGAGGACAGACCGCAGCAACAACUUCUUCAGAGGGGAGAACAACCCCAAUGUGGAGAUCAUGAGGCGGAUUCUGCUCAACUACGCAGUGUUCAAUCCAGACAUGGGCUACUGCCAGGGCAUGUCUGACCUGGUGGCCCCCCUGCUCACCGAGAUCCAGGACGAAAGCGACACCUUCUGGUGCUUCGUCGGCCUCAUGGAGAACACCAUCUUCAUCAGCUCACCCCGCGACGACGACAUGGAGAGGCAGCUGAUGUACCUGCGCGAGCUGCUGCGUCUCAUGCUGCCUCGCUUCCACCAGCACCUGACCGGCCUCGGGGAGGACGGCCUCCAGCUGCUCUUCUGCCACCGCUGGAUCCUGCUGUGCUUCAAGCGAGAGUUCCCCGACACCGAGGCGCUGCGCAUGUGGGAGGCCUGCUGGGCGCACUAUCAGACGGACUACUUCCACCUGUUCCUGUGUGUGGCCAUCAUUGUUCUCUACGGGGAGGAUGUGACCGAGCAGCAGCUCGCCACCGACCAAAUGCUGCUCCACUUCAGCAACCUCUCCAUGCACAUGAACGGAGAACUGGUGCUACGCAAGGCCCGCAGCCUUCUCUACCAGUUCCGCCUGCUACCCAGAAUCCCCUGCAGCCUACAUGACCUUUGUAAACUGUGUGGCCCGGGGAUGUGGGACAGCCGCUACAUCCCCACCGUGGAGUGUUCCGGUGAACACCCGGACUCGCAGAGCUGCCCCUAUGGAGGCACCUCCACCCCCCGGCCCUCCUCUCCCUCCCUGUCGUCCUCACCAAACCCCACCCCCACCCCCACGCCUCCGCUAAAGGGGAAGAAAGGCUACAAAACCCGGGACAUUUUCACCUUCCGGAAACAGUCCUGAGAAGAAGGCAACGGGGAGCGUCGCUGGUCCGGUUUAUCCGCCCCAGAGUCCCCGCUUCUAUUCCCCCCCCCCCCCCCCCCCCAUCGUACUGAGGAUGUCCGCCACCAGGUGCAACGAGGAGCACCGCCUUUCCACUAUUAGAUCUGCAAGGUGCGGCAUCCCACAAAGCCACGAGGACGGUUUUUUAUGCCCGACCAGAAGGCCAGAAUUUUAAAAA